AUGAUGUUUCAUGCUCAAGGUCCUUCAAGGAAUCAUUGCAGUCUCCUUGCGGUUCACUGUGGCACAACCUUUGAUAUCAACCACAAUCACUCUUCGUCUCCCUCGGACGAUUAUUAUGAACCCAGAUACCCUAUUCCACAGCUUGCAUCUUCAGGGCGUCUCGAGGUUCAGGUACUGACUAACCCAACUACAGAUAGCUUCAGGCAGGUGCUUCAGUCCUUGGAGCCCAACAUUGUGUAUCUGCAAGGGGAGCGAACCGACUAUAGUGAAGAAGUUGGAUCACUGAGAUGGGGAGAUGUUGGCUUGUCCUAUCCAGAAGCCUUAUGCGACCUCUUUAGUUCAACAUUGCCUGACACUGUGUAUUUGGAGACUCCAAAUGGGGAAAAGUUAGCUGAGGCACUUUAUUCUAAGGGGGUUCCAUAUGUCAUAUAUUGGACGAGUACAUUCUCGUAUUAUGCCGCUUUACACUUCCGUCAAGCGUUGUUCUCUGUGAUACAAAGUUCUUGUAGUCACACAUGUGAUGCAUUCCAAUUAGCUCAUGCGUCAUUCAGGCUUUACUGUUCACAAGACAGUAAUGGUAUCCCUUCCAAUAACCAGAAAUCUUGCAGUAAAUCCGGACCAUGCCUGCUUGGGGAGCCUCCAAAGAUUGAUAUUACCCCAGCUGAGACUGAUGCGGCUGAUGAGGAAGGCUCCCCUGAAAAUCUUCCUGCCAUAAAAAUAUAUGAUGAUGAUGUGAACUUACGUUUUCUUGUUUGUGGUUUACCCUGCACAUUGGAUGCACGUUUAUUGGGAUCUUUGGAGGAUGGGCUCAAUGCAUUGUUGAACAUUGAGAUUCGCGGGAGUAAGCUUCACAAUAGGACUAGUGCUCCCCCACCUCCACUCCAGGCGGGGACGUUUUCUCGUGGUGUAGUAACCAUGCGGUGUGAUCUGUCAACAUGUAGUUCUUCUCAUAUAUCGCUUUUAGUCUCUGGUAGUGCACAGACUUGUUUCAAUGAUCAGCUUUUAGAAAAUCAUGUUAAACAAGAAAUUAUCGAGAAUAGUCAGCUAGUCCAUGCCUUGCCUACACCCGACGAAAGCAAAGGACCUACGUCUGAGCCAAGGAAAUCUGCUUCUAUUGCAUGUGGGGCAAGUGUAUUUGAAGUUUGCAUGAAUGUUCCUAUGUGGGCUUCACAGGUUUUGCGCCAGCUUGCUCCUGAUGAAUCUUACCGCAGCUUAGUUAUGCUUGGAAUAGCUAGCAUUCAAGGGUUGUCUGUUGCUUCUUUUGAAAAGGGUGAUGCAGAGCGCCUGCUUUUCUUUUGCACGAAGCAGGGGAAAGAGCUUCAUAUUCCAAACAACCCUGUUUUGACUAGGCCUCCUAGCUGGUUGAUACCUCCUGCACCCAGUCGAAAAAGAACCGAGCUAUGCCGAGAAUCUAAAUCCUUUUCUGGUGUAAAAGGCGAAAAGAAUUUUAAAGAGAAGCUGAAUAUUGCAGCAAUGAGGCCCAUUCCUCACACACGUCGUCAUAAGAUGCUCCCUUUCUCUGCGUUUUCUGUGGCUGAACGGUUUGAUGGAGACCAAGUGAAAGCCAACCUACUACCGGUUGCUCCUCCAAAGCAUAGUUCUGGUGGGGCCACUGCUCCUGUUAAUGCACACCGGAAAUCAACAAGUUCUUAUCAGGCUCAGCAGAUUAUCUCGCUAAACCCACUACCUCUGAAGAAACAUGGCUGUGGCAGAGCCCCAAUACAAGCUUGCUCGGAGGAAGAGUUUUUGAGGGAUGUGAUGCAGUUCUUGAUUCUUCGUGGACAUACUCGUCUUGUCCCUCAAGGUGGUCUUCCAGAGUUCCCUGAUGCCAUUCUCAAUGCUAAGCGUCUUGACCUUUUCAACUUGUAUCGAGAGGUUGUUUCGAGAGGUGGGUUUCAUGUUGGAAAUGGCAUUAACUGGAAGGGACAGGUCUUCUCAAAGAUGCGAAAUCAUACACUCACCAACCGGAUGACAGGUGUUGGGAACACACUCAAGAGACAUUAUGAAACCUACCUUCUAGAAUAUGAAUUGGCUCACGAUGACGUGGACGGAGAAUGCUGCUUGUUGUGUCACAGUAGCGCAGCCGGAGAUUGGGUGAAUUGUGGUAUAUGCGGGGAGUGGGCUCACUUUGGCUGUGACAGGCGGCAGGGCCUCGGCGCCUUCAAGGACUAUGCUAAAACAGAUGGACUUGAGUACAUUUGUCCCCAUUGCAGCGUAUCGAAUUUCAAAAAGAAGUCGCAGAAAACGGGCAAUGGGUACUGA